AUGUUCCUCCUCUUCGUCUUAAAGACUUUCGUGAUUGGUUUAGUAUUGGUUGCUUCAGCCGUUGGUUUUGUAACAUUCCUUUACAAGGCUAUUCAUUACAUAGAGGAGUAUCCGGCUCGGGCUAAAGAGAAAAUUCGUUAUCUAGUCUAUGCCGUUUGUGCUCUGCAUGUUUUACUGUUCUUAAGAGGGUUUGGGAUUCUAAUGAUUGGGUUUAGUAUCAUUUGUCAGUUGCUCUUCUUUAACCUACUUAAUGACUAUCCUAAUAUUGAAACGUCUGGGGCUGGGUUUAUUUCGGCAGUAGCUGCAACCUUUAUUAACCAUAUGGUCUUCUUAAGUGCUAUGCUUAGGAAUAAGACGGGUAUUCUGGAAAUCUUCUUUUACUUCUUUGUGAUUGUCUGGACGGUGCCUUUUGCCUUCUUUUUAAGUCUAACGGCUAAUGAUGAUGUAAUUUCUAUUCCAGGGGCUAAGAAGCCAAUAAGGCGGACAGUGGCUGGGAAGGUUAUAGAUCUGUUGCUUUCUCGGAGCUCAAUAUGGGAAGAUAGAUAA